AUGUUCUUUUUGUUCAUUUUACGUGACAUUUCUCUCUCAUUUAAAUUGACAGUCCCAGAUAUACAGGUGCAGGUGAUCUGGUCUUCCUCUGGUCCAAAGCUUAUUUGUCACAGCAACUGUUUUCCUCCUGGUCAUUUGACCUUUGUCUGGUACAAGAAUGAAACAAGAAUUCAAGAAGAAACCUCUUAUUCUUACAGCAAACACAUUGAUCCAGCAGAUCGUUAUUCCUGCUCCUACAAGGGUCACCAAUCUCUUCCAGUGUAUUCUCCAAAGGUUCCCUUAUUGUUGAUGAGUUCCUCUGGUGAAAUUAUGAAGGGAAGUUCAGUGACUCUGACCUGCAGCAGUGAUGCUAACCCAGCAGCUAAUUACACCUGGUACAAGGAGAACCAAACACUGCUCCAUAAAGAAACACCACUCAUCUUGAGCUCCAUCCAGUCCUCAGACUCCGGAGAGUAUUACUGUACAGCUGAGAACGAGCUCGGGCAGAUGGCAUCUAAAUGUGUCUUCAUUAAUGUAAAAUAUGGUCCAGAAACCUCUUCUUUGUCAGUGAGUCCAUCUGGUGAGAUAAUGGAGGGAAGUUCAGUGACUCUGACCUGCAGCAGUGAUGCUAACCCAGCAGCUAACUACACCUGGUACAAGGAGAACCAAAUACUGCUUCAAGGACCAGAAGAUAUUUAUCAUUUUACGUCCGUCAGCUCUGAGGACAGAGGAACCUACUGCUGCAAGGCUGAGAAUCUUUAUGGAGAGAUCAACUCUACAUCUCUGUUCUUAGAUGUGCAAUAUGCUCCAAAGCUUCCCUCUGUGUCAGUGAGUCCAUCUGGUGAGAUAAUGGAGGGAAGCUCAGUGAAUCUGACCUGCAGCAGUGAUGCUAACCCAGCAGCUAAUUACACCUGGUACAAGGAGAAUGAAAACUCUCCAAAAGCAUCAGGACAGACCUUCACCAUCACUGACUUUAGAGCUGAACACAGUGGGAAUUAUUACUGUGAAGCUCAGAACACCAGAGGAUGUCAAAAGUCCACCUCACAUCCAGUUUUUGUGGCAGGCUCUGGUAAAUCAGCAGCUUUGGGAUCAGUCAUCUCUGUCCUGCUGGCUGUCACACUCAUCACUGUCCUGUUUUGGAUUAGAAGGAACAAGUGCUUCACACAGCAAUGUAAGGGUGAAGAGAGGCCUGUCAACAGAGCACAGCUACCUUCAGGUCUGCUGAAUAACGUCCUGUCAGCAGAAAGACCACCGGCAGAACAGCAGGAUGAGCUCCACUACAGCAGCAUCUGCUUCUCUCAGACGCACACAGAUGUUCUGUACUCCAACAUCAGGCGGGUUCAGCCUCACAGACACGCUGAGGAAGACAAGGAAGAAGAGGAUGCUGUUGAAUACACUGAUGUAAAAGUUGACAGCUCAAGCAGAUCAUCAGGAAGAAGAUGUCACGAGAAUGGAGAGGAUGUGUUUGCACUGUACAGUACAGUGAACAAAAACUAUGUGAACACAACAUGAAUGUGUCGUUUGUUGUUCAUAUAUGAAAUUUUUUUAUAGCCACGCUGAAGUCGAAAGCUAAAUAACAAAAGUGUUGAGAACUCUAUUUGUUGAGGCUUCUUUGGCAACAGCUGCAAGUUAUAACAAAAUAAAACAACUGUAUGU